AUGAUUCGUUCAAAAUCCCUUUGCUCUCCAAGAAUUGUAAGCAGCGCUUUGCCUACAGAACGUAAAAAUAUUAAGACAGCUCAGAAAGUCUACAUAUGAGAAUCAUCUAUCCCGCAGGAAUGAAAGCAGAAUAAGAGUGUUAAGCUCGAACUAAUCCAUGUGUCCCAGACAAACAAAAAUAAAAAUACCCUAGAUUUCCUUGUGGAAACUCAAAAGUACAUCAAUAAAAUCUGCGGCAGAAGUCUUGACCAAAUCAGAAAUAAUCAAUUAAUUUCUCCUUUGCUAAAUUUAGCAAUUGAGAAAUCUGGCACAAGUAACAUCCCUCGCAGAAAAAGAAAGUCGACCACUCAAAACAUGUCGAUCCUUGCAGAAGGGUCUAAAGGCUUGUUCAUAUCAGAACUGAGCCCUCCAAAGACAAACACCUUGGCAUCAAAAUCAUACCUCAGUCCUCGAAGCAUUUCCUUUCAAAAGCUUGCUUCAAAAUCUCAAAUAAUAACAACUAAAAAACAACCAAUUCCACUCAUUGUGAAUCAGCUUGGAACUGAUUUCUUGCAUCGGGUAAAUAGUGAACAGCAUAUAAUUCACAGUUAUUCCAUCCCCAAUGGAUUCAAACUUCAAAAACCUUCAACUUCCAACUCAAUUCUCUUAUCUCCUCGAAGUCAAGACGAACAAAUGGGAACUUUUUUGAAUAGGUUUGAGAAUUCGAACAGAGUCCCUUAUAAAGUUCCUAGAUCAAGAGAAGGGGUCAAUGGAUGAAAAUUAUCAGCAAGGAGAACAAGGGGGAAAAGGGAAAACACUGUAUCAAGCAUCUAUCGAAAAAUGAAGAGCAGCAGUGAAAGACUUAUCCAUACAGCAAAUCAAUAA